AUAAAAAUAAAAUAAAGGACAUUAACACAAAACUAAGCUAGAGUACAGGCGGAAAAACAAGACAAAAAAUGAAAAAAUAACAAAGAAGCAGAGGAUGAAAGAAGAAGAGGCAGACAAAGAAGACAAAAAAUAAAAAGAAGAAGACCUGCUGCAACGUGGUGCUGACCUGAUGGGUCGAGAUCGUUCAACUUGAAAACACUGCGAUUCUUACCCUUGACCACCUGGGAAAGUUGAUGAUCAAUUCCAGCGGAUUUGGAGGUGAUCCUUUUGUAAUAUAUUCUGGCGGUCCAACUGAAAACACAAUUAGUGCUACUCUACUAGAUACAGGAAACUUAGUAGUAAGAGAAGUGAACUCCAAUGGCUCUAUUGGAAGGUGGUUGUGGGAAAGCUUUGAUCAUCCCACUGACACACUUCUGCCUGGGAUGAAAUUAGGUGUCAAUCACAAAACUGGGCGUAAUUGUUCUCUUACUUCAUGGUUGGCAUCAGAUGAUCCUGCAUCAAGAGCCUUCACACUUGAGUGGGAACCCAAGACAAGCCGAUUGAUUAUCAAGCUGCGAGGGGUGCCUUAUUGGAGCAGUGGUCUGAUUGUGAAAUGGAAUAAUGUAUUAUUGUUUGAUCAUAUGGACUACAGUAAAACUCAAUAUUACAUUAUCAAUAAUGUUACAGAUGCGGAAGGGGAGUACUUCACUUAUUCCAUUGACGCUAAAUAUGAAACGCUUCUAUACCUGCAGAGCGGAGGAAGAUCGACAUGGCAGUUACAAUACUGGGGCCCAAUAAUGGAUAGAAAUGUAGGAAUUAUGAACUUUGGUUUUUGUUAUGGUUACGGUAUGGAAGAUGAAGGAUGCGAGAGAUAGAAUCAACCAAAGUGCAGGAGUCACAAACAAAAUUUUCAAUUAAGGUCUGGAGGCUAUGCAAAUUCUCAGGAAGAAUAUGCUUCCAGUAUGCGGGCUGAUGACGACACUGCAAAUCUUAGUCCUAGCGAUUGCAGAGAAUAUUGCUGGAAUGACUGUGAUUGUUUGGGCUAUGUUGAUGAUUCCUCUGGACCUGGAUGCUAUAUUUGGAAAGGAAAAUUGCAGUUUGUACAAGAUAACAGUGGGAGCUCAUCUCGUCAAUAUGUUAUAUUUACAGAGCCAAAAAAAAGAAAGAAAUGGAUUGCACCAGUUAUCGCAACUGCUAUACUUGUGCUUAUCUUCAGCGCCUUCUACUGUUUAUGGAGGAUAUAUCGACUGCGAGGUGAUGUUAAAAGAAGGGAGGAAAAACACCUACUUGAACUCACAACACCGGAUAGAUUAUUAGAUGCAAAUGAGCUUGAAAAUGACCGAAAUACAGGAAAUAACAUAAAAGUGUUCAGCUUUGCAAGUAUCGCAGCAGCUACAAAUAACUUUGCACCUGGAAGUAAGCUUGGAGAAGGUGGUUUUGGACCAGUAUAUAAGGGAAUAUCACUUGAGGGGCGAGAAAUAGCAAUAAAACGAUUAUCAAGAAAUUCAGGACAAGGAUUAGUGGAGUUCAAAAAUGAGCUUAUACUUAUAGCUAAACUCCAACACACGAAUCUUGUCAAACUCCUAGGGUGCUGCUUUCAAGGAGAGGAGAAGAUGUUGAUCUAUGAGUACAUGCCCAACAAAAGUUUGGAUUCCUUUCUCUUUGUGAAUGGCAUUUUCUCUGAAAAAUCUGAUGUCUUCGGCUUUGGUGUUCUAAUGCUUGAAAUUGUGAGUGGAAGGAAGAACAACAACUUCUAUCAUGUCAACGGCCCACUAAACCUUGUAGGAUAUGCAUGGGAGUUGUGGCAAAGAGAUGCUGGGCAAGACCUAAUGGAUCCAACUUUAAAAGAUUCAUGUCCUAUGCAUCAAUUGCUGAGAUUCAUUUGUGUGGCUCUCUCAUGUUUAGAAGAUAGUGCGGCAGACAGACCUACAAUUCUAGAAGUUAUUUCUAUGCUUAAAAAUGAAAUUGUGCCACUUCCUAUUCUAAAAAAACCAGCAUUUUUCACGGGAAGCAAUGUCAUUAAUGAAGAUUUACUGGGAAAAGGGUCAGAAAACUAUACAUUAAAUGGCUUGUCCAUUUCUAGAAUGGAUGCAAGAUAGAGGUGCUUUUGAGGAUGAUUUUUGGACCACGGUAUCCAAUUUUUAUUUUAUUCUCUUUUGUGAAAUUAUUAGAGCAAUAAAUUGUUAAAAUUACUAAUUUUGUGUUUUGUUUGUUGUAUUGAAAGAAAUUCAAAAAGAAUUUGUUCAACUUUCUUAUUUAUUGUUUGUAUGUGAAAAAUAAAAUGUGAAUCAUACCGGAAUAUCCGGCCAGUAAAGGAAUGGGUAUUUAUACCUCUCGUUGGCACAUGCUAGCAAAUUCCCUAUGACCAUUUAUGCUCAUUUCAAAUUGAGUUAAAAAUAAAUA